AGGGAGCGCUGACACAGGCGCUGUGGAAGAAAAAGUUUACAAAGUUUGAGACGCCCGGGACCGGAGCACUGGAAUUAGGAAGGUCGACCGAGAGCAGGAAAAGCAAGUUGUCUCGAAAGAUUUUCCCACAGGUCGAGCCGAGUGAGAUGUUUUUUUUCUUCUUCUUAGUCUUGUGUUAACGUUUAUGGACUAAAAUAUAAAUAAAUAGAGUUAGUACCGGAGGCCUGAACGAUUUUAAAAGGACAGAAAGAAACGGGCCUUGUUUUAAAAGAUUUCCUAAGUUUUUUUUUUUUUUUUUGGUAACGAGCGAACCGUUACUUCGUUAAUAAUUUGCUUUUGUUACCAAACAAAAGAACAAGCAAAAAAAAAAAAAAAAACACACAAAAAAAAAAAAUGAGUAGCAACCCAGCUCAGCCUCUACCGGGCCAGCAAGUGAUCCAUGUCGCCAAGGACCCAGACACGGACCUCGAGGCGCUCUUUAACGCCGUAUUGAACCCGCGGCCAAGCUCUUGGAGGAAGAAACACCUGCCCGAGUCGUUUUUCAAGGAGCCCGACUCCGGCUCUCACUCGCGCCAGUCCAGUACGGACUCGGGCAGCCAGCAGCCGCCGAGGCUCCCACCACAGCACGUGCGCUCUCAUUCUUCGCCCGCAUCACUGCAGCUCAGACCCGGUGCGCUCGCGGCCGCCGCCGUCACCUCGAGCCCCGCGCAGCACGCGCACAGCCGCCACCAGUCCUUCGAUGUCACCGAUGAGCUGCCGCUGCCGCCCGGGUGGGAGAUGGCGUACACGUCCACCGGCCAGAAGUACUUCCUCAAUCAUGUAGAGAAGAUCACCACAUGGCAAGAUCCUCGCAAGACUAUGGCAGCCAGCAUGAAUCAGAUGAGUCUCCAUGCUCAGGCAACCAACAAUAAUGGCGGGGUACGGCGCUCAAUGGCCCUGUCACAGCCAAACCUCGGACAGCUGCCGGAAGGCUGGGAGGAGGCAAUCACACCUCAGGGAGAAAUUUACUUCAUUGACCACAAAACCCAGAGCACAUCGUGGCUCGACCCCCGGGUGGACUCUCGGCUCAUGAUGUCCCAGCAUCAGCACCACCAGCAGCAUCUCCAGCAUGCCCAGCACCAACAACAACAACAACAACACCAGCAGCAACAGGUACAGGCUCAGUCUCAGGCUCUGGGUUCCAGAGGCUCCAUGCCACAGCAGCAGACCUCUCAGUCCGGUAUGCUGGGCAUGGGCAACCCAUUAAGUACCCAGCACCAACAGAAGAUACGACUGCAGCACAUCCAGCUUGAGAGGGAGCGCAUUCAGAGGAGGCAUGAGGAGCUGAGGAGACAGGAGGUGGCACUCUGCAGACAGAUGCCCAUGGAUUCAGAUAACAUGGCAUCUGUUGCUCCUACUAUCAAUCCAGCUGCUAUGAAUCAGGGCAGUAUUCCAACCAGUGGCUCAGACCCCUUUCUAAACAGUGGGCCAUACCAUUCACGCGAGCAAAGCACGGACAGCGGCUUGGGCCUGGGCUGCUACAGCAUCCCCACCACUCCUGAGGACUUCCUCAACAACAUGGAAGAGAUGGACACCGGUGAGAACAUGGUGCCAGUCAACAUGAACAUGCCACAGCAGAGCCGUUUUCCUGACUUCCUAGACUCCAUGCCUGGCACUAAUGUGGACCUGGGCACCCUGGACGGCACAGAUCUCAUGCCCAUCCUUAACGACGUGGAGUCUGUCCUGAACAAGAACGAGCCUUUUCUCACCUGGCUCUAAAGAAGAGGGGCUCUAAGGGGACGGCUAAAGACUUUUAGCAGCAAUGCAACCUUUUUUAUUUUAUUUUAAGUCAAUCAGUCUCUUCGCCCUCUCAUUUGUAAUGUGCCUAUAUUGCUCCUUUAAAAAAAAUUAUCCUGGUUACUGUAAAUUAUUCUAAAUGAAGAGCACAGAACAGAAACCAAAGUGUUCAGCCUAAGAACAAGAACAAGCAUACGCCAAUCAAAUUUGUUGAGGUAUGGUGGAAAAGUCGUUUUUAUUUUUGUUUUUUUUGUUUUUUUUGUAUAUACUGUAGAAUAGAGUUGUUUCUUUCCUGUCACUGAGUGUAGCUUGAUCAAAAAUGUCAUUCCCUCUGGCUUUGGGCAGGACUGAUCAGCUAUUUCUUUCUGUCGGUCUUUGAAAGUGUUGAUGUAGGGACACUUGAUAGGCACCAGCAGAUGGAGCCACUGCCUCCACUAUGAACUGGAGACAAUGUUAGCUUCAAUGAUGUAUUGAUAUUAAGGAUGUUAGCCAGUUCAACAUUAUCCGCACUAGAGAGGAGCCUUACUGAUCAAUUAACAUUUGUGUGGCUUUAUAAACAAACUUGUCUUUUCUUCACUGAAACCAAAUACGUUUCCUACUGUAUUUUCAGCACAAAAGCUUUCUCAUAACUCAAUCUUCAGUUUAGUUUCUAAAGAGACAUUAUUUCGUUCGCAUUUAGAGGUUUAUACUCAAGCUGAUCCCAGUUUAGCUAUUGUAUCAAGUAAGCUCGUGCCUCUGAAUUAUGGCAGUUUGCAUUUGUAGACCUACAUUUUAUACCAUGUACUUUUUGUGUACUGCUUCAGUAUUCCUUUAAUUUUGUUAUUUUUUUUUUACUGUUGAAUACUCCAGAUGUGUCCCUUGACAUCUGGUGCAUUUUAUGAGUUUUGAUAUAGAGUUUGCCUUUUUAGUAUUUAUCAAGAGCUUUGAUUAUAAUUUUAAUAUUUCUUUUAUAGAGUUUUAGUCUUUUCUUUUUUUAAUGAAAUUGAAAUUUCAAAGCACUACAAAUCAGCACGGGGUUGAGUUGGAUCUUUUAAGUAAAUGUUGAAGUUUCAUGUGA